GGCUUACAUAAGCUCAACGCUUGCACCUGGGCUGCAAGUUUCGACGGUGCCGAACCGAUGGCUCAAAUCGCAUCCGCGGUGUCUUCUGCAUCGUCUUCAUUGAACCUAUCACUGCACCCCCUCCCAAUUCUCAACGUCUCUGAACACUUGACGCGCCUCAAACUACAGACUGGACUGCAGAAUCCUUUCAUUAUCGGCGCACUACUUGGAACUCAAAAUGGACGAGACGUCGAAAUCGUGAAUUCAUUCGAUCUCAUAACGAACGCCGAGCCGGGUAAAGAUCUCGGAUUCGGUGAAGCCGUUGGUAUCCAAGUUGAAUCAGGCUUCUUAAAUGAGAGAAAAGAACAAUAUAAACAAGUUUUUCCCAACCUCGAUCUCAUCGGAUGGUACACAGUUGCUGCAGGCCCGACCCAAGCACACGCUGCGAUUCACGAACAGUUCACUGCUUUCAUUACCACCCCUCUACUUCUCAUUCUUUCACCUGGGUCACAGUCAGAAACAGGUGGUCUCCCGAUAAAGGUGUAUGAAGCAAUAGUGGAGAUUAAAGAUCGUCAAACGCGUACUGCUUUCGUUCCUGUACCCGAAAAAAUUGAGACUGGUGAAGCAGAACGCAUUGCCGUUGACUGGACAGCACGAGGAGGAGAGGGAAGCAAUACAUUGGCUGCCCACUUGCAAACCCAGCGAACUGCAAUCAAGAUGCUGUACGAUCGUAUCGUUGUCCUCGUGAACUAUGUCUCCGGGGUGAUUGCAGGCUCGGCAAAGAAAGAUUAUGAUGCGUUGCGUGCAUUGAACUCUCUAGUUGCGUCCCUUCCAGCGAGCGAACAUCCUGAGUUCAGAGAAGAGUUCGAUACUGAAUAUGCGGACGUCCAACUCACGGCAUUACUCGCUACCCUCACCAAAUCAACCCUGCAACUCAGUGAAAUCGUCAACAGUCACAUUCUCCUUACCUCGUCUGAGGGACGGAAGCUCACAAAGGAUGCCAACAAAUCUAAUGGUGGGACGUGGAGGCAAUUCGGCACUGUUGGGCGACUGGACAGGAAGUGGGGCCGCUUCAGCGACUUCACCAAUCACAGGCUUCAGUCAGUUCCAGUGAUGUGA